CCCUUAAGCUUAUCACACCCCUCCCUCCAAUUGCCCAAAGGAGUGAUUGUUUUUAAUGACCCCCCAAUUAAAUUCAGCUGGUUGGCUUCAAUUCUUCGACUUUUUCUCUCCUUUUCAUGUUCUUCAGCUCCUUCCAUUCUGCGUCUGACUUCUUUUUAAAAAAUAAUCCUCUAGUCUAGCAGCACCUCGGCCUGUUGACUCGGCUCGAGAGUUUAAGUGGCAAUUUACACCUCGGAGGCCCCAGGAUGGAAGUGGUCGGUGAGCUCUAAUUGCGGCAAGUCGCUCGAGCGCCGCGCAAGCUGAGGCAUUUUCAUUCAAAUCGCGCCCUGCACGAGCGCCAGGCGGACUUUUCGGGCGGCUGCAGCAAUUAGCGCUCAAGGGCCCCAUUCAAGCGCUUUGCCUUGGGGCUGUUUGCCCUCUAAUUGCCCUCGUUUAGCUUUGGCUGGAGAGGAAAGAACUCCCGGGGCUCAUGGCUGAGGAGUGUGGACGAGCUGCAGCAGCGGCUGUGGCGGGAAGAAGGCGGAAAAGCGUCGGAGAGACGGGGCUGGUAAGCCCAGAGGCUGCUGGAGACGAAGACUCGUGCUCCUCUUCAGCCCCGCUGUCGCCGUCGUCUUCGCCCAGGUCGCUCGCUUCCGGCUCGGGCGGCUGCGCGCCCAGCAAGUGCGUCUGCAGCAGUUGCGGCCUGGAGAUCAUCGACAAAUACCUGCUCAAGGUAAAUGACUUGUGCUGGCAUGUGCGCUGUCUCUCUUGCAGUGUAUGCAGGACCUCACUAGGAAGGCACACCAGCUGCUACAUAAAAGACAAAGAUAUUUUCUGCAAACUUGACUAUUUCAGACGGUAUGGAACCCGUUGUUCUCGUUGCGGCAGGCACAUCCAUUCCACUGACUGGGUCCGAAGGGCUAAGGGAAAUGUCUAUCACUUGGCGUGCUUUGCCUGCUUCUCCUGCAAAAGGCAGCUUUCCACAGGGGAAGAGUUUGCGCUGGUCGAAGAGAAGGUUCUCUGUAGGGUACAUUAUGACUGCAUGUUGGAUAAUCUGAAAAGAGAAGUAGAAAAUGGGAAUGGCAUUAGUGUAGAAGGUGCGUUAUUAACAGAACAAGAUGUUAAUCAUCCAAAACCAGCAAAAAGAGCUCGGACCAGUUUCACAGCAGAUCAGCUGCAGGUAAUGCAAGCACAGUUUGCUCAGGACAACAAUCCAGAUGCACAAACACUCCAAAAACUGGCAGAAAGGACAGGCUUGAGCAGGCGUGUGAUACAGGUCUGGUUUCAGAAUUGCAGAGCACGCCACAAGAAACAUGUUAGCCCCAACCACUCCUCUACUACUCCUGUUACGACAGUCCAACCUUCCAGGCUUUCUCCUCCAAUGUUAGAAGAAAUGGCAUACUCAGCAUAUGUACCCCAGGAUGGGACAAUGUUAACUGCUCUACAUAGUUAUAUGGAUGCUCAUUCACCUUCUGCUCUUGGACUCCAGCCUUUGCUACCCCAUUCAAUGACACAACUGCCAAUAAGUCACAGCUAAUUCAUUUAUUUCAGGGACAUGACACUAAGGAGGUAUCCUUGAGUCGCCUAUUGUGCUCUGUCAUUGAAAAUCAAUUUAAUAUUAAAUAGCAUCCAAAGCAUUUUUGAAGACAGAUUUGUUGUCCAGGUAUGUAAGUAUAGUUGGCCUGCAAGACACUUUUAUGGCUUCUCCAUAAAUAUGUUUACAAGACUUAUUAAAAAGAAACACUUUUUUGUAUUGUCUGGAAGUAGUCCAUUCUAGUUGUGUGUUAAUUUAUUUAUCAUCAAAAGAGCACUUUGCCUAAAAGACAGGACUGACAAUUGUGCAAAAUGUUUACAAUUCUUUGUGAAAUUGUAGUUCCUCAUUAGUUUGUAUCUGUAAGUUAUUGUUAUUAAAAAUAUCUGUAUUUGAUUUACAUGCAGCCUAUACUUUUGAAGCUUAUGUCCGUGAGCUGGCAAAAAUUGCCAAUAUUUUCCAAAUGACCUAAAUAAAACCUUUUGUUGUAGCAUG